AUGGCGCAUCCCGAGGAUGGCUUUGGGCUCCCGAAUACGACAAGUGAACCAGAUUCAAAGCAAGUGCACGAUGAAAGUAAAGAGGAAAUUCAGAAAGGAACUUUGAGCAAAUCCCCGUCGCCGCAGUCAACAUUCGUCCAACAGGGAAUGGAAGGAAUAAAAGUUUUCUUGCACGAGAGAGAACUCUGGACAAAAUUUCACGAAGUAGGAACUGAAAUGAUCAUCACGAAAGCAGGAAGGCGAAUGUUUCCAAGCUACAAAGUGAAGGUUUCUGAAUUGAACCCCAAAACGAAAUACAUUCUCUUAAUGGACGUCGUCCCCGCCGACGAUCAUCGCUACAAAUUCGCUGACAACAAAUGGUCUGUGACAGGGAAAGCAGAGCCCGCCAUGCCUGGAAGGUUGUACGUCCACCCCGACUCGCCAGCGACUGGAGCGCAUUGGAUGAGGCAGCUUGUCUCCUUUCAGAAGCUAAAACUAACGAACAACCACCUCGAUCCUUUUGGACAUAUCAUAUUAAACUCCAUGCACAAAUACCAGCCCAGGAUCCACAUCGUGAAGGCAGACGAAAACAACGGAUUCGGCUCCAAAAACACGGCGUUCUGCACUCACGUAUUCCCCGAAACGGCUUUCAUCGCAGUCACGUCCUACCAAAACCACAAGAUAACCCAGCUGAAGAUUGAAAAUAACCCCUUUGCCAAGGGAUUCAGAGGAAGCGAUGACAUGGAGUUGCACCGGAUGUCCCGAAUGCAGAACAAUAAGGAGUAUCCCAUAAUUCCACGCAGCACGGCGCGUCAGAGGGUGGGGUCCAGUCCCAGCUCCUUCAGCGGGGAGCCGCAAGCCAUGGCUACGCCCACCAGCCUGGGCUCCCCGUAUUCCUGUGAGAAUGGGGUCACCCGAACUGCCCCUGGCCUCUUCCCCCCGCCUGGCCCGUACCCCCUCCCCCACGAGCACAGCCAAGACUACCACUGCCCCAAGAGGAAAGUGGAGGAGGAGUGCCAUACAGAUCAUCCAUACAGGAAGGCGUACAUCGAGAGCUCUCCUAACGAGGGUGACCCUUACUACCGGCCGACCAGCUACUCACAGGCUCUGGGCCUCGCUGGCGGCCCCUAUAGGACAGAAACGGCACAGCGGCAGGCGUGCAUGUACGCCAGUGUCUCCCCGGCUGCUGAGCUGGUGCCUGGAUUGGAGGACCUCGGCUGCAACACCUGGGCGGGCGUGUCGCCCUACAGUGGCUGCCCCGUGACAGCCCCGCCUUCCGCCGAGCGGCUGCCCUAUCAGCACUUCUCCGCCCACUUUGCCUCGGGGCCCCUGGUGACCAGACUGAGCGGGGUGGCCGGCCACGCCUCUCCGCAGCUCGCCGACACCCACGCCCUCUACCAGAGCCCCGCCCCUCACCAGCCCUUCUCCAGGCAGCGGGGCGGGCCCAACACCGGCAUCCAGUCACCCGCCGUCGGGCUCCAGGGCAACGAGUACCUCUACCCCCACGGGGCGUCCCGCACCCUCUCCCCACAUCAGUACCACGCAGUGCACAGUGUGAGCCUCGUACCAGAGUGGAGCGAGAGCGCGUGA